AUGAUAAAUAUCUUUGUCCAAAACAAACAUCGUAUCGGUCACGGACAAGCUCUUGAAUUUGGUGGUGGACCGGCUCUUUUUUCAUCAUUUAUCUUGGCACAAUAUGUUAAUUCUAUAACAUUCACUGAUUACACACCAAGUAAUUUGAAAGCAAUAGAAGACUGGAUCGAACAGAAUGAUGAUGCCCAUGAUUGGACUGAGAUGUUUGAGUUCAUAGUUGAUUAUUAUAAAGAAAGCUCAAAUGACCAGUUGGCCAAUCUGAACAAUUGGGAACAUCGAUUACGUGAUGCUUUAAAUUAUGGAAAACGUUUAAAAUGUGCGGAUGUAAAUGGCGAUCACUGCCCAGUUCUCAAUGGUCAGGAUCGAUAUGACGUUAUUUUGAGCUCUCUCUGCUUGGACUAUGCUUGUCUUACUCUGGAAACGUAUAAAAACACUCUUAAACGAAUGAAGAAUCUCCUUAAACCUGGUGGUUGCGUAAUUCUGACACACGGUCGAAAUCAGACAUUCUAUACUGUAUUAGACAAAGACUUUUUUGCCUUACCUGUUGAUGAGAAGAAGGUACAUGAUGCACUCGCUGAAGCAGGCUUUACAGAUAUUCAGGUCACAGGCAUAGAUAAGCCUCGAAACAAGUAUGCUGACGCUGAUGGUUAUGUUGUUGCUUGCGCAUUCAAAUCUAAUGAAGAGUGA